GACCUUUGAGAACCCACGACGAGGUAAAAAGAUACAAAAAAAAAAAAAUUUAUUGUGAGUGCAUGUAACCCCUAAAAAAUAGCAAGAGAACAGUCUUCAACAAGGAGCCUUAUUUAUUACAAGAAAAGGGCUGGGGUGAAUUCGAUAUGAGAGUUGUCUUGUUCUUCACAAACAAUUUGGCUGAACCAGAAAAUAUAUAUUUUGAUUUACAUUUUAGAGAGCCUACUUAUACCAUUAUGCAUAAAAUUCAUUUUCCUAAUCCUUCUCCCGAACUGAUCCAUUUGUUGUCCAUUGAAUUACCUUCCAGUGAUAUCCUCAUCAACCAUAAUGAUCAUAUAAAAAAGCGUCGUACAAGUCCCUCCUUGACUACCAACAACACAUCCAAAAAGAUCAAGACACCACCUACUAUGCCUUCACCUGCUCAAUUCAGUGAUGGUCCUCUUACACCUUCCUCUUAUCACAACAAAUACCCUUCUUCACCCGCCGCAUUCAAUCCACAAUCCUUCGAUACAGACCUUUUUACUCAUUCCUUUGAUUCCAAUCAUCAUGAUCUCUUUCGAGCUGUCCAUGGUUACAAACACACAACCGACGAUGGUCACAUCAUUGAUGAUAUCUAUGCCGAAAAGGACCUGGAAAAUGCCAAUCCGAUACAUACCAAGCAUUUAGAAGACAAUGUCAGGAUAGCAUGGGGGAUACCAGAAGGUCUGGAUAUGCUCGAAUUGGCGAAAAGGCUUUGUGCUGGCUCUUCUGAACAGACAGAGGAAAUUGAAGCCUUGAUCAAGGCACACAAGAAAGACGGUAUCCAACUGCAAGAGAACGAAGAUGAGUUUGUGGUGGAUCUUUAUUCGUUAGGCCCUGACUUGUUAAGUCAAUUAUGGGACUAUACUGAAAAGAAAAAGAUGAGUUCUUCUCGGACAGUUUUAUCUCCCUUUUCACUAGUUCAAGCAAAUACAAUGAUGAUUGAAGACGAAUGAUAAUAAUAAAAAAAAAAAUUUAUUAUUUUUUUUUUUUAUAAACCUACACGGAAUAACACUUGCUUUCCUUUCUUUCCCUUUUUCUUUCGAUUACUGGUGUCUUCAUCAAA